AUGUCGGCGGCUCACAAAGUUCGACGUUUUGUCGUCACGUACGACGUCGAGGCGGAGACCGAGUUGGAGGCUCGGCGAAUCGUCGAUGCGCUGUGCUUGGAACAGACGAUCGAGCUCCCGGAGGCUUUGGCGCCGCCGGGGACGUGGAUCAACGAGCACGUCGUGGCGAAGACGCUCGAGUUGGCGCGGGUGAGCGAGCUCGGUUGGCGCGGACGGUAUCGAGCGCGAGUGGCGUUCUCCGACGAUGUCGCGGGUGCAGAGUUAACGCAGUUGAUAAAUGCUAUAUUUGGGAACACGAGCAUUAAGGAGCGGGUGAUGGUGCGAGACGUAGAGUUUUCGGAAGAGAUGCAGAGCGGGUUCGGAGGGCCGCGGUUCGGCGCCAAAGGGUUGCGGAAGCUUCUCGGCGUCGAGCGCGGACCGCUAGUGAUGACGGCGCUCAAGCCGAUGGGAACGCCGAGUGAUAAGUUGGCGGAGAUGGCUUAUGCGUUCGCAAAGGGUGGGAUCGAUAUCAUCAAGGAUGAUCACGGCUUGGCGAAUCAGCGCUACGCGCCGUAUGAGGAGCGCGUUCGGGCGUGCGCAGCGGCAGUCAAGAGGGCGAACGAGGAGACUGGACGGAAGUGCAUCUACGCUCCGUGCAUCAACGCUCCGGCGCAUUUGGUGGUUCAGCGCGCCAAGUUCGCCAAAGCGGCGGGUGCGGGAGCGGUGCUGAUGAUCCCAGGUAUCACAGGUUUAGACAGCAUGCGAGCGUUGGCAGAGGAUCCGGAUUUUGGUCUUCCCAUCAUCGCCCAUCCCGCCAUCCUCGGCGCGAUGUUGGGAGGUGGGACCGAAGAUGUGUGUCGUGGAUUCUCGCACGAGGUCUUACUCGGGCUGCUUCCGCGCUUGGCGGGCGCGGACGCCACCAUUUUUCCCAACUUUGGCGGACGCUUCGGUUUCAGCAUCGACGAGUGCAAGGACAUUGCGCGCGGUUGUCGUCGAUUGAUGGGACAUCAUGAGAGCAUCUUGCCGAGUCCCGGCGGCGGUAUGACCCUAGAUAAAGUGAAAGUCAUGAUGGAAACGUACGGUCAAGACGUGCUGCUCCUCGUGGGCGGCUCGCUUUACAGCCACAGCUCGGAUUUGACCGCCAAUGCGCGGCACAUUCUUUCCAUGGCUGGCCGUACUGACACGUACGGGCCGAGUGAAAAUGGCCAUUAUACACCGUCAAGGUACAAUCACAACGGAAAUUAUACACCGAUGACUGGGUUACGGCCAAAGUUGAGACUCGUCGACGAGAGUGCGACCGCACAGAGCCCCUACCCGACAACUCCGCACAAUGCGUACCCAUCGGCGCCGCCGUCAACGCCGUACACCAUCAGCCUCGAUCCGGAGGCGGUCGCGCAGAUGAGCGCGCUCAAGGAGAAGAACAGCGCGCUUGAGUCUAAGGUUGAGGAGCUAACGACGCUAGUGAAGCAGCUAAUGGAGGUAGAGUCGAAUAGAUAUCACGGCAACGGGUCAAAGCACGCGUCUCAGGGCCCACUGGAGGGCAAUCAUAGCAAGGUACUCAACAGGAAGAAGGGCGAAUUCCAGUGGGAGCGCGUGCCGCAGGAGAUGUAUAAGAUGGACGGGGCGAGUUUUAAGGAGUGCUCGAGAAUCGAACUUAUCGGCAAGCGAGGUGAGAGUCCGGUGUUCCACGUGCGAUACUUUGAAGUCGCCCCGGGCGGAUGGACGACGCUCGAGCACCAUCAACACGAACACGUAGUGGUCGUCUUACGAGGCGAGGGUGAGAUUCAGCUCGGACUCGAAUCCUAUCAUCUCGCUCAUGGUGACGUUGGCUACACUGCUCCCGGUGACACACAUCAACUUCGAUGUAAGGCGGGCGCAACCGAGCCUUUCGGUUUCAUUUGUGUUGUCGCUUCGGAUCGCGACAGACCGAUUGAGGAUGAGCCAGCUGAGCUGUUGAAAAUGUGUAAAGUGGCGCACGUGCUGGACGACAACGUUCGCGUUGCACUCGAGACACAAAUCAAACACCGCGCCGCCCACAAGGCUGCGCACGGCGCCGUUGCCGAGGGAUCGGCCUGCGAAUGGAAGCCGGGUAUGAAGAAGAAAGCUGAGGAGUCCGUGAGCGCGUGCGAAUGGAAGCCGAAGGCAAAGUCGAACGCAGAACCCAAGCCGACGCCGACGCGAUACUUCCCUUAG